GGGGCGAGCGGUGUCAGCGGCGGAGCCGGAUGCGGGCGGCACCGCGGCGGUCGCGGCCCUGGGGAUGGGCGGAGCCCCAGCCGCUAGUGCUGGUGGCCGCCGCUGCUGCCCCAGCUGGAGCCCGAGCCGCCACCUCUGCGUCCGCGCGGCGCUGCUUCCCAGGGCGGCGGUAUGCUGGGGAAAGGAGUAGUCGGCGGUGGCGGCGGCACCAAGGCCCCCAAGCCCUCCUUCGUGUCGUACGUACGCCCUGAGGAAAUUCACACAAACGAAAAGGAAGUAACAGAGAAGGAAGUAACUCUUCACUUGUUGCCAGGUGAACAGCUGCUUUGUGAAGCCAGCACAGUACUGAAGUAUGUCCAGGAAGAUUCCUGUCAGCAUGGCGUCUAUGGGAGGCUUGUCUGCACAGACUUCAAGAUUGCCUUCUUGGGCGAUGAUGAAUCUGCAUUGGAUAGUGAUGAAACUCAAUUUAAGAAUAAGGUUGUAGGAGAAAAUGACAUUACACUCCACUGUGUUGAUCAGAUUUAUGGAGUGUUUGAUGAGAAAAAGAAAACUCUCUUUGGACAACUGAAGAAAUACCCUGAGAAGCUCAUUAUCCACUGCAAAGACCUUCGAGUGUUCCAGUUUUGUCUGAGGUACACAAAGGAAGAGGAAGUCAAAAGGAUUGUCAGUGGCAUAAUUCAUCAUACCCAGGCUCCUAAACUGCUUAAACGAUUGUUUCUGUUUUCCUAUGCGACUGCUGCACAAAACAAUACAGUCACUGAUCCCAAGAACCAUACCAUAAUGUUUGACACACUUAAGGACUGGUGUUGGGAACUGGAACGGACCAAAGGCAACAUGAAAUACAAAGCAGUGAGUGUCAACGAAGGCUAUAAAGUCUGUGAGAGAUUGCCAGCAUACUUUGUUGUCCCCACCCCUCUUCCUGAAGAGAAUGUGCAGCGCUUUCAAGGUCAUGGCAUACCAAUAUGGUGUUGGUCCUGCCACAAUGGAAGUGCCCUUUUGAAAAUGUCAGCACUGCCCAAAGAACAGGAUGAUGGCAUUUUACAAAUCCAAAAGAGCUUCUUAGAUGGAGUUUACAAGACCAUCCACAGGCCACCCUAUGAAAUUGUUAAAACGGAAGACCUGUCAAGCAACUUCCUAUCCCUGCAGGAAAUCCAGACUGCAUACUCUAAAUUUAAACAGCUAUUUCUGAUAGAUAACAGUACUGAAUUUUGGGACACAGAUAUAAAAUGGUUUUCUCUGUUGGAAAGUAGCAGCUGGCUUGACAUAAUCAGACGUUGCCUGAAAAAAGCAAUAGAGAUUACAGAAUGUAUGGAAGCACAAAACAUGAAUGUUCUUCUUUUAGAGGAGAAUGCAUCCGACCUCUGCUGUCUCAUUUCCUCUCUGGUGCAACUGAUGAUGGACCCCCACUGCCGAACCAGAAUUGGUUUCCAGAGCCUCAUCCAAAAGGAGUGGGUCAUGGGUGGCCACUGUUUCUUGGAUCGCUGCAACCAUCUCCGCCAGAACGACAAAGAGGAGGUUCCUGUGUUCCUGCUUUUCCUAGAUUGUGUCUGGCAGCUGGUGCACCAGCAUCCCCCGGCAUUUGAAUUCACAGAGACUUACCUGACUGUUUUGUCAGAUAGCCUGUACAUACCUAUUUUUAGCACCUUCUUCUUCAAUUCACCUCAUCAAAAAGAUACUAACAUGGGUAGAGAAGGCCAGGAUACACAAAGCAAGCCUUUGAAUCUGCUCACCGUGUGGGAUUGGUCGGUGCAGUUUGAACCCAAAGCCCAGACAUUGCUCAAAAACCCUCUCUAUGUGGAAAAGCCGAAACUGGACAAAGGCCAACGGAAAGGAAUGCGCUUCAAACAUCAGCGACAACUUUCUUUGCCACUUACGCAAUCUAAGUCAUCUCCCAAAAGAGGAUUUUUCAGGGAAGAAACAGAUCAUUUGAUUAAAAACCUUCUGGGCAAGAGAAUUAGCAAACUUAUUAAUUCUUCUGAUGAGCUCCAAGACAACUUUCGAGAGUUCUAUGACAGCUGGCAUAGCAAGCCCACUGACUACCAUGGUUUGUUGUUACCGCAUAUUGAGGGGCCCGAAAUCAAAGUCUGGGCCCAGCGCUACCUGCGCUGGAUUCCAGAAGCCCAAAUCCUAGGUGGUAGCCGAGUGGCCACUAUGAGCAAACUCUUGGAAAUGAUAGAGGAAGUCCAGAGUUUACAAGAGAAGAUCGACGAGAGACACCACAGCCAGCAGGCCCCCCAGGCUGAGGCCCCCUGCCUGCUGAGGAACUCUGCCCGCCUGUCCUCUUUGUUUCCUUUCGCUCUGCUCCAGCGACAUUCUUCUAAGCCGGUCUUACCCACCAGUGGCUGGAAAGCUUUGGGAGAUGAAGACGAUUUGGCCAAACGAGAAGAUGAGUUCGUGGACCUAGGGGACGUGUGACCUGUUUAUUGAGUGACUGUGAAAGAAGAAUGUGGGAGAUUGGGACAGCUGAUCCCCGGAUUCAUGUCACGCAGCAGCUAAUGCUGGCCGGGUCCUUAGCCCGGCACUCCGUUGGAGUAAAGCUGGGCCUUCGGGAGAAGAGGUGGCUCUCAUUAUCGUUUCAUGGUUCUAAAAGACUAUGCAAUUGAAACUGCAUCUGUAGUAUUAUUAAUUGGAAGGAAUUAUUACUUGACCCGUGAUAGGGUUGUGGCCGUUUUCUGAUGCCUAAGUAUUAUACAGAGCGUGCAAUGGCCAGUUUACCAGAAAGGGCUUCAGUAAGAUAUUCUUGGACUUGAUACUUUCUUCAGACCCUCUUUGUGCCAAGAUAAUUUAUCCAGUCAUUGGAAAUAGUAAGUUUCUGUGUAACCCAUCUCAAUUACAGAAGCAAGUUCAGCUUUACAUAUUUGUAUGGCGAGUUGAAGAUUCAGAUAGAGGUAUUAAGAUGUGUGGCAUUUACUUAAACCAUCACAUUUUUUCUUUCUAUGCCCCUUUGCCUGUAAAACACCUGGGAAGUUCCACUGGUGUCAUCCAUCCUGAUGCUUUGCCUGUGGGUGGGGGCUAGUCAGCCACCACCCUCUUUUCUGUGCUGCCAGCCCCAGGUCUUCUUCCGCCUGCUCCACACCACUCGCCGCUGUCCCUCUGCACUCCCUGCCUUGGUGCGCGUAGUCCCAGUGUCUCAUUGCCAAACCUCUUGGUUAUGCUGUGGGGAUCUGUUUCUUUGCCUGACAUCCUUCCUGAGGAGCUUCCAUUCCUCUGGAGUCUCUCGUUGUUUGGAACAAAUCGCUUCGCCUUUUUCUACUUGCCUGCUGAGGAUUUGGAGCACUUGUGAUUGCGGUUUUCUGCCGCAACCCCUGAGCCAAGUUCCUCACAUUCUUUCACCUUUAUGGACUGAUGGGAUUGGGUCACUUUUGAAUGUGGCUUUCAUAGGAAAGCAGUUU